CUCAUCUAUGGUAAAUCUCCGACGUAAAAUUGCCGGUGGAGAUUACAAAAAGAAGGACUAAAUCCCAGUGCGAGCCGUUUACAGUUAUGUUCUGAAUUUCCCACUUCUAACUACAAACAAAUUCAUAUUUUCUGACCAAAUCUCAAACAAAUUCCUCACCAAAAUGGCGGAUCCGAUCCCAGCGCAUCACAGAUCCGCCACCAACCUCUUCUCCGAUCCACUCGACUCCCACCCUCUCUGGUUCAAACCGGCAUCCUUCCUCUCCCCUGACUUCGAUUCAGAAUCCUACAUUUCCGAACUCCGAACCUUCGUUCCCUUCGACACUCUCCGUUCAGAGCUUAACAACUAUCUUUCGUCGCUGAAUCAUGAACUCAUUGAUCUCAUUAACCGCGAUUACGCUGAUUUUGUUAACCUAAGUACUAAGCUUGUUGAUGUGGAUGCUGCUGUGGUGAGGAUGAGGGCACCGUUGGUGGAGCUUAGGGAGAAGAUUGAGCAGUUUAGGGGAUCUGUGGAUGUGUCGCUUGUGGCUAUUAAGAAUGGUUUGAAGCAAAGAUCUGAAGCGGCUUCGGCGAGAGAGACUUUGGAGCUUCUCCUUGAUACGUUUCACGUUGUUUCUAAGGUUGAAAAACUAAUAAAAGAGCUUCCCAGUGUACCCUCUGACUGGUCAAAUGGAGAUGUGAGUUUACCGGAGAAAAAUUCAUUGAGCAAUGGGGUUUCUGUGCAGCAUGUUGAGAACGGCACAAGUGUCAGAGAGACUCAAAGUAUGCUGCUGGAAAGAAUUGCCAGCGAGAUGAACAGGCUAAAAUUCUAUGUUACACAUGCAAAGAACCUGCCUUUUAUUGAGAAUAUGGAGAAGAGGAUUCAAAAUGCAAGCCUAUUAGUAGAUGCAAGCCUGGGACAUUGCUUUGUUGAUGGUCUUGAACACCGGGAUGCAACUGCAAUUUACAAUUGCUUACGUGCAUAUGCUGCCAUUGAUAACACCAAGAAUGCAGAAGAAACCUUCCGAGUUACUGUUGUGGCUCCAUUGAUACAGAAGAUUAUCCCACAUGGGUCAUCAGCUGUGGCUGCUGGAUCAUCUGGGGAUGGGCUUGAAAAUGAUUAUCAACAAAUUAAGGAGUGCAUUGAUAGAGACUGUAAAUUUUUAUUGGAUAUUUCUUCAGCUGAAAAUUCAGGUUUACACGUCUUUGACUUCUUGGCCAAUUCAAUCCUUAGAGAGGUCCUCUUUGCUAUUCAGAAGGGAAAACCAGGUGCAUUUUCUCCUGGAAGACCAACAGAGUUCUUGAAAAAUUACAAUUCUAGCUUGGAGUUCUUGGCUUUUCUAGAAGGCCACUGUCCGUCCAGAUCUGCUGUGGCUAAAUUUCGAUCCGAAACUAUUUAUACCGAGUUCAUGAAGCAAUGGAAUCUUGGAGUGUAUUUUUCGUUGAGAUUUCAGGAAAUAGCAGGGUCUUUAGAUUCUGUACUGACAACAUCCAGUCUUGUCCCCAUUCCAAAUUUAGAUCCCGGCGAAGCAAAUUAUCAAGACUUAACACUAAAACAAAGUGUAACUCUGUUGGAUAGUUUGAGAUUUUGCUGGAGAGAAGAUGUUCUUGUCCUUUCUUGUUCUGACAAGUUCCUUCGCCUAUCCUUGCAGCUUCUUUCUAGAUACUCAAAUUGGCUGUCAUCUGGAUUGACUGCACGCAAGAGUCACAGUACAAGCACUAGCACUGGGCGCGAAUGGGCUGCUUCAGCUGUCAUAGAUGACUUUAUCCUUGUUAUUCAUGAUAUCAGAUGUUUGGAGGAGCAUGUUCGUGGUGAUUACUUACAACAUGUGGUCCAGGUUUUAUCUUCAUGCUCCUCCGAUGUUCUUGAAUCAGUAAGGCAGAGCAUUUUACAGAGUGGUCAAUCCUUGAAAUCUUUAGAACCUUUAGUCGUCAAAGCAGUGGUGGAGUCACUGGUAGAAAAGUCAGUCGAGGACUUGAGACAAAUGAAGGGGAUAACAGCAACUUACAGGAUGACUAAUAAACCUCUACCUGUUAGGCAUUCACCAUAUGUUACGGGAGUAUUACGUCCACUAAAGGUAUGUGACAUUGAUUAGGUUUUGUGGUUUAUAUUAUUUUCUCCCUGAUUAUUUCUUUUCGUAGUUAGCUGGAUUUAAACACAAUGCGAUAGUGAUUUAUUUCUAGUACGAUGUUGAGUCUGAUAUAUUUAUGGUAAUUGGUUUCCUUAUUACUCCCUCUGGUCCUAUUUACAAGAGACACGUAUAAUUUUUUGUGGCCCUUUAUAUAAGAGACUGUUAAAUUGAUAAAUUUCCUUGAAAACCCCUAUAUUAUUAAUAAAUUUUAUUUUCACAAAAUAUUCCCCAUACAAGGAGACAUUAAUGCUAUACACUCACCUAUUUCCACACCCAUUCCACUGCAUGAGGCACACAAAAGGUAUUCAACAUUAAACCAUGAUGGUUUAA